AAGAGAAACACUUGAACUGUGGUGCAAGUGCAAAAUCGUUCAAAAGUGAAUCUUUGAAGUCAGAAAACAUCUCUUCAAAAACACCUGAAGACAGCAACUUCGCAGCGGGGGGCGGAUAAUGGCCUCCAGUGUUUUGCGCCGUGAGAAAUACCUGCUGUACAUUGGCGUCGACCGUGUGGUGGAUGACCGCUAUGAUGCUUUGCCUCUGCCAAGACAAGUCCUUGAACUAGAGGUAACCAACUUGAGGAACCGUCCUCUGAGCAACGCAAGCGUCAACUCUUUGAGGGAGUCCGUCCUGGGCCUGUAUCACAACCUCGUCACAGGCUCCAAGGACUUUCCUCCAAUUCCAUUCAGUGGUUCUUUUGCUUCAAGUCUAAGGUGCACACCCUUCGUCCGCGUGGCUCAGGCGCAGAAGGAGAACACCAGCCCGUGUCCCCUCAUGGCAGCACCGUCAGGUUUGGUGCCGCCAUUGACACAAUCCAUCUCUUCUGAUCAGAUUGUACUGACUCCAGUUCUUCCAGAGAAGGCAGAUAUGGAAGCCCUGAAGGCGGACCGCAGAAACUGUGUCCGACCCACGCAGGUUGAUGGCAAGACUGUGACGAGAGUCAUUUCUCCUGUGUACCACGUUGACACUAUAGAAACACCAAAUUGCUGGAGAGUGAGCGACUACAGAGAAGACGGACAAGUUCUCAUGUCGGUCUUCUGUCAGUUUACUAGAGACUUUGCACAGUACACAAAGCCUCGGCAACAGACAAGGAAGAGGAAGAACACUGACACAGAGAGCAGCAGCAGCAGGCUAUCAAAACGCAUGAGAGUGUAACUGUUUUUAUUUAUUUAUUUAUUUAUUUUACCCUCAUACUGACAGGGUGGAAUAAGUUUUAGUUUUUACUCCUCUGGGCCUGUGCAUCUGGCAGGGCUGGUGAUGGGAAACUCACCUGACAGAAAAGAAACAGUGAGCACUCUCCACCAUCACAUUUCCCAACGAGAGGAACCGUCCUCUGAGCACCACAAGAGUGAACUCAUUGAGGGAGUCCAUCCUGAGCCUCCUCAUCACAGGCUCCAAUGACUUUCCUCUACUUCCAUUCAAAGAAUCCUUCGACUCAUCUAAGAUGGUCACACCCUUCGAUCAGGUCCAGCAGGGGCAAACAAA